AUGUCAGGCGAGACAAUAUCUGCCCGUCGCUCUACGUCGCCGUCGUCGCCAUCCUCAUUUUUGCCAUUCGGGAAAUUCAAGCUAAAAGGACAACCGCCCAUAGAUGCUUGUUUCGCUGUAAUAACACUGCCAACACUUUCCUACACUCGGAUUCAGAAAAGGCGAUUCACGACACAGACUAUCCUGACCACGGAAACACCCUCUUCAACACCUGAACUCUCUACAAAAACCCAUACUUCCACGCUUUCCAGGCUGUCUCGGCCUGUUGAGCUGGAUAUCACGCUCUCGCACUCUCGCACCUCGUCUGUUGACAUCGCAUUUCCUCUGCUAUCAUUGUCAACUUUCACGCAUGUCGACGUAAAUACUGCUACAUCAAUGUCCAUACAGGCGGGACUUCAGUGCAUGUCCAGAAGAGGUAUACUCCGAAAAAUAUCUCAAGAAGAGUCGACUUCUUCGGAAUCCAUCUCUGACUUUGCGGAUAGUUUGUCUUUCGCGAGUAUAUCGAGUUCGUCGAUGACCUCUAUUUCUACGGCGGCUACGGAAUCUAGCUUUUUGGACGAGGAGCGCGAAGAUGAAACGUACCAAGUUCAGAGAGCGCAGACACAGAGUAUGGAAAUUCAACGAGGCGUCCUAUUGACACGGGAGGCGUUACGUGCAUCAGUUCUCGGUCCGGUCGCAGACACCCCGAAAGUCGUCAUCUCUACAGUUCCAGUAUCUAGCGAAGCUCAACAUGCGUCUCUCAGCACAGAUGCGAGUCUCUUACACGUACGAGCACCAUCAAUACUAGUCACGCAUCCUAGUACGAGCACCAUUGAUUCCAGCGCUAGCAGUAUGUCCGUUGACUUGGCCGAUUUCCCCCUCCCUCCUACGCCCGGGGUCGUACCUGUUGGCAAACUGACGGUAUCUAAAGACGUUGUCACGGGUGGCCGUCUAGAUUUCGGCGACUUGGACAAGCGGUCGACUCUCGAGCAGUUCAUCAUGCUCUACGGAAGUACCCAGAUGUAG